UUGAUACUUUACCCCUUGUUCUGAGAUGGGAUCUUUCAGAAGUUAACAGGAGGCCUACCUAACCCUGUACACCUGGACCUGGUGAAGUAUUUGCAGAGGCACUGAUUGAGACGACCAGGAGUUGAGAGCCAUGGCUAAGUCCAAAGGAACUGGUGCGGACCGACCAGGGGGUCCCGCCAAGAGGGGUCGGAAACCCAAGGUCAGGUUGGAAGGAGGUGGACCACAGACCACCACGUCAGGGGUGAGGGGUAAGCAAGACCCCAAUGGACCUCCUGCUACUGGUCAGAGAACCUCCACCACCUCCUCCUCCUCCUCCUCCUCUUCUUCAGGACCCAUCUCAACCAGCAAUGGAGAUGCACACCACCUCAAACAAGACACGGUGACAGGGAAUCCUCAAAACUCACAAGUUUUGACUGUAAACCCCACCGGGUUUGACGCAGGCAAGACUUUCCCAACUCCGUCUUCGGGGUUGCGAGGAGUAAUAGACACUGGUAACCGAGGCACUGUGACUGGACCUGUGGAAUCUGACACGGAUCAUUCUAGAACUCUGGUGCCUCCCCAGCCGCGUCUAGCGUGGAAAACGAUGAGCAGGCCGGCGUCCGACCCAAGUGCGCUGAAGAUUUUAAAUAAGGGAACGAGCGUGUCAGCUCGACAGAUGGAGGUGGAAAAUUCUUUGCCCUCGCCGAUAUUUAAGUCACCCCAAAGUCAAAAAGGCCCCACAAAACCACAAACAGUAUCCAGGAAAAAGAAAAGGAAAAUGGGGUUGUAUAAUUUUGUCCCCAAGAAGAAAACCAAAGCCACAAAAGGCCCGAGCCCCCAUCAGUCUUCCACCAGGGCUAAGUCCAAUCAAGCCAAAGGAGUCCAGAUCUCACUGGAAGAGGCCUUUAAAGCCAGAAAGGAUUCGGAAAGACAGGAGCAGCAGGCAGGAAGGACGGAGAACGGAGGGAGAAAGGAAGAAAAGACUCAGGAUGGACGCUUGGAGGAGUACACGGAGCUGCCUUUACACACCUUGGACCUGAAAGCACAGGAGAGUUUAUUCACCAGCAUACGCACAGGUUUGCCUGAGAAUAAGGAGAACAUGGAAGUGGAUGAUGUCCUGGACCUGCCCCUCUGCAGCUGUAGGAUGGAGACGCCCAAAUGCCAGGACACGCUGGCACUGGCAGAGGGCAAAUGCAUGGCAGUCGAGAGUGUGGAUGGAAAGCUGAGCUUGUGUCGGAAGGUCAUCCUGAAACAGGAAAUGAUGCGUCCGUCCAAUCGGAUCGGAUUGCUGGUUCUGUGUGAAGACCAUCGGGCUGGCAUGGUGAAACACCAGAGCUGUCCAGGCUGCGGGUUCUUCUGCCGGGCGGGGACCUUCAUGGAGUGUAAGCCAGAUGGGAACAUCUCUCAUCGGUUUCACAGAAGCUGCGCUCCUGUGGUCAGGGGACAGCUGUACUGCCCCCACUGUGGGGAGGAGGCUAGUCAGGCUAAAGAGGUCACCAUCGCUAAGCCCGACCCCGUUAUCACCCCGACGACGGUUGCCAUGCCUACGGUCAAAACGGUCAUAGCUCAAGCAGAGUAUGUUCAGUUUGGAUGCUCGGAACCAGUCAAAGAGACACUGGAGAACGUUCUGGAAGCCCUGGAGGAUGGAGCGUAUAUGAAAUCCAGAUUUCCCCCAAGCCGCCUGUACGCUUAUGCCAAGCAAGGAGAACUCCAGAACGUCAUGCAUCUGCUUGUAGAAGGAGUGGACCCUAAUCUGAAGAUGGAGAACGAGAGGAGAAGAACGCCCCUUCACGCUGCCGCCGCUGAGGGACACACGCAGAUCUGCCAUAUACUGGUUCAGGCGGGUGCUAACCUGGACAUGUGUGACGCUGAUCAGAAGACCCCCCUGAUGGAGGCAUGCGAGAACAACCAGCUAGAGACGGUGCAGUACCUCCUGAAGGCCGGAGCUUCAGUGGGUCAUAAGGAUUUGAGAGGGUCCACGUGUUUGCAUAUGGCGGCUCGGGGUGGACAUCUACGCGUACUGCAGACUCUCCUCUCCACUACCUCAGUCAACGUUAACUGUAAGGAUGAUGGUGGGUGGACCCCCAUCACUUGGGCAACGGAAAAUGGUCACAAAGAGCAGGUGAAGCUACUGCUGUCCAAAGGUGCUGAUGUUCAUAUGAGAGACAAGGAGGAGAAUAUUUGUCUGCACUGGGCAGCUUUCUCCGGUUCUGAUGACAUCGCUCAGCUUCUGCUAGAGGCCCGAUCCGAUCUCCACGCCACAAACAUCCACGGAGACUCUCCACUUCACAUCGCUGUGCGGCAGAACCAACUGGACUGUGUGAUACUCUUUCUGUCUCGCGGAGCGAACGUGAACCUCCGAAAUCGCGACGGGGAGAUGCCUCUGGACUGCUGCACCCCCAACUCUAAAAUCUGGACUGUUCUUAGCACCAAUAAGAAACUGACCGAUGCCAGACGAGGGAGGGACACAAAGGUAGAAAGGGUCCUCUGUAGGGACAUUUCACGGGGUUAUGAGGAGGUACCUGUGCCCUGCGUGAAUGGGGUCGACCACGAGUCCUGUCCAAACAACUUUAAAUACGUCCCUGAAAACUGUUUUACCACCCAGGUGAACAUUGACGAAAACAUCACACAUUUACAGCACUGCACAUGCAAAGAUGACUGUGCCUCCAGCAGCUGUAUAUGUGGACAGCUCAGCAUGGGACGAUGGUAUGAUAAGGACGGCUGCCUGUUACCGGCGUUCUCUCGGGAAGACCCGCCUUUCCUGUUUGAGUGUAACCACGCCUGCACAUGCUGGAGAACCUGUAGGAACCGUGUGGUGCAAAACAGACUUCGGGUCCGACUGCAGGUGUUCCGAACGGAGAGGAUGGGCUGGGGAGUCCGAGCUUUGCAGGACAUUCCCGAGGGAACGUUUGUGUGCGAGUUCGCGGGAGAGAUUAUUUCAGACGGAGAAGCCAACAUCAGGGAGAAUGACUCUUACAUGUUCAGCCUGGAAAAUAAGGUUGGUGAGGUUUACUGUGUGGACGCCCACUUCUAUGGCAACGUCAGCAGGUUCAUCAACCAUCUGUGCGAGCCCAACCUCUUUCCUGUCCGAGUCUUCACCAAACACCAAGACCUGCGCUUCCCCCGCAUCGCGUUCUUCUCCAGCAAACCCAUCCAAGCUGGAGAUCAGCUCGGGUUUGAUUACGGAGAUCAGUACUGGGAAAUCAAGAGCAAGUACUUCAGUUGUUUGUGCGGCUCCUCAAAGUGCCGACAUUCGACGACCAGCGCCGCCCAAAGCCGAGAUGACAGAGUCAAACCUUCGACACAAGUCGCUCUCACCCAGUCAGCCACCAUCAACCCCUGAGAUGAGCCUUCAUAAGGACCCGGGAGACUCACGGGGAGUUUACACACUUCAUCAGGCCAUCCAGACCCCAUCGUAUAUUCUGUUAUGACAGAGACUGUUGGACUGCUCUUUGGCACCGCGGCGUCUCUAUGGAAGCUACAGUCGCUCUUAUCAAGCAUUUUUUGUUGGCGUAAUUUGCUUUUACUGGACCAGAUGAAUUUUUAGACUGGUUAAGGGGGUAUAAUAAAAUUAUAUGGCAUGAUGAAUUUGUUUUUAACUUUGCCAAUACUCUCACAUGCUGGUGUGGAAAGAAAAAGUCAUUGUUUUCAGCACCUCAGCGGGUUUCCGUUUUUUUUUUUCCCCUAAAUUGAAGAGAUCAUUGGUACAGCUAAGAUUCAAAUGUAUUUUAAGGUGACUGCAAUAACUAAAAUGAACCCACUUGUUUUUAUUCUCAUUGGGGGAGAAAAAGUGAGAUUGUGUAGAGACUCAGAACU